AUGGAUCCGGUCGCCGCGCCGCCCCCCGGCCCGCGCCCCGCGCCGCCGCUCGGGGGCCCCGGCCCGCUGGGCGAGUUCCUGCCGCCGCCCGAGUGCCCGGUGUUCGAGCCCAGCUGGGAGGAGUUCGCCGACCCGUUCGCCUUCAUCCACAAGAUCCGGCCCAUCGCCGAGCAGACGGGCAUCUGCAAGGUGCGGCCGCCGCCGGAUUGGCAGCCACCGUUUGCAUGUGAUGUCGACAAGCUUCACUUCACCCCCCGUGUCCAGAGGCUGAAUGAGUUGGAGGCUCAAACCCGUGUAAAAUUGAAUUUCCUGGACCAGAUUGCGAAGUACUGGGAGCUGCAGGGAAGCACUCUGAAAAUGCCACACGUGGAGAGAAAGAUCUUGGACUUGUUUCAGCUCAAUAAGUUAGUUGCAGAAGAAGGUGGAUUUGCAGUUGUUUGCAAGGAUAGAAAAUGGACCAAAAUUGCCACCAAGAUGGGGUUUGCUCCUGGCAAAGCUGUGGGCUCCCAUAUCAGAGGGCAUUAUGAGCGAAUCCUCAACCCCUACAACCUGUUCUUGUCUGGAGACAGUUUGCGGUGUCUGCAGAAGCCUAACCUGGCCACAGACACGAAGGACAAGGAGUACAAGCCGCACGACAUUCCCCAGAGGCAGUCUGUGCAGCCCGCAGAGACCUGCCCCCCAGCCCGCCGAGCCAAGCGCAUGAGAGCAGAGGCCAUGAAUAUUAAAAUAGAACCAGAAGAAACAACAGAAUCCAGAACUCAUAAUCUGAGGCGUCGAAUGGGCUGCCCAGCUCCCAAGUGUGAAAAUGAGAAAGAAAUGAAAAGCAGCAUCAAGCAAGAACCCAUUGAGAAGAGAGAGCACGCUGUAGAAAGCGAGAGGGAGAAGCCUAAGAGUCGACCUAAGAAAACCACCAGUGCUGUGGACCUGUACGUCUGCCUCUUGUGUGGCAGCGGCAGCGAUGAGGACCGCCUCCUCUUGUGUGACGGGUGUGACGACAGCUACCACACUUUUUGCUUGAUCCCGCCCCUCCACGAUGUUCCCAAGGGAGACUGGAGGUGUCCUCAGUGUUUGGCUCAGGAGUGUAGCAAGCCACAAGAAGCAUUUGGCUUUGAACAAGCAGCCAGAGACUAUACCCUUCGUACUUUUGGGGAAAUGGCAGAUGCAUUCAAGUCUGAUUACUUCAACAUGCCAGUCCACAUGGUUCCCACAGAACUGGUUGAAAAAGAAUUUUGGCGCCUGGUGAGCACCAUCGAGGAAGACGUCACGGUUGAAUACGGAGCCGACAUCGCCUCGAAGGAGUUUGGCAGCGGCUUCCCUGUCCGAGGCGGGAAGGCCCGGCUUUCCCCUGAGGAGGAGGAAUAUCUUGACAGUGGCUGGAAUUUGAACAACAUGCCCGUGAUGGAGCAGUCUGUCCUUGCUCAUAUCACCGCUGACAUCUGUGGCAUGAAGCUGCCCUGGCUGUACGUGGGCAUGUGCUUCUCCUCGUUCUGCUGGCACAUUGAAGACCACUGGAGCUACUCGAUCAACUACCUGCACUGGGGGGAGCCAAAAACCUGGUAUGGAGUCCCAGGGUAUGCUGCCGAGCAGCUGGAGGAUGUGAUGAAGAAGCUAGCUCCAGAGCUCUUUGUGUCCCAGCCGGACCUCCUGCACCAGCUUGUGACCAUCAUGAACCCCAACACCCUGAUGACUCAUGAAGUGCCUGUUUACCGGACUAACCAGUGUGCUGGGGAGUUUGUGAUUACGUUUCCGAGAGCCUAUCACAGUGGCUUCAAUCAAGGCUUUAAUUUUGCUGAGGCUGUUAACUUCUGCACUGUUGACUGGCUGCCCUUGGGCCGCCAGUGCGUGGAGCACUACCGCCUGCUGCACCGCUACUGCGUGUUUUCCCACGACGAGAUGAUCUGCAGGAUGGCGGCCAAGGCGGCCGUGCUGGAUGUCGUGGUGGCGUCCACCGUUCAGAAGGACAUGGCCGUCAUGAUCGAGGACGAGAAGGCUCUGAGGGAGACUGUCCGGGAAUUGGGCGUGAUUGAUUCGGAAAGAGUGGAUUUCGAGCUGUUGCCAGAUGACGAGCGUCAGUGCGUCAAGUGCAAGACCACGUGCUUCAUGUCGGCCCUCUCCUGCGCCUGCGCCCCGGGUCUGCUCGUGUGCCUUCACCACGCGCAGGAGCUGUGUUCUUGUCCUCCUCACAAGUACAAGCUGCGGUAUAGAUACACUUUGGAUGACCUCUAUCCCAUGAUGAAUGCAUUGAAGCUUCGAGCAGAAUCUUACAAUGAAUGGGCCUUGACGGUGAAUGAAGCUUUGGAGGCAAAGAUCAACAAGAAGAAAAGCCUGGCCAGCUUUAAGGCUCUGAUCGAAGAGUCUGAGGGGAAGAAGUUCCCGGACAACGACCUGCUGCGCCACCUCCGCUUAGUCACGCAGGACGCGGAGAAGUGCGCCUCCGUGGCGCAGCAGCUGCUCAGCGGCAAGCGGCAGACCAGAUACCGAUCUGGUGGAGGGAAGUCCCCAAACCAGCUGACAGUGAGUGAGCUCCGCCAGUUCGUGACACAGCUGUACGCGCUGCCAUGCGUCCUCAGUCAGACCCCGCUGCUGAAGGACCUCUUGAGCCGUGUAGAAGAUUUCCAGCAGCACAGCCAGAAGUCGCUGUCGGAGGAGACGCCCAGUGCUGCCGAGCUGCAGGAGCUGCUAGACGUCAGCUUCGAAUUCGACGUGGAGCUCCCGCAGCUCGCCGAGGUUCGCGUCCGCCUGGAGCAGGCCCGUUGGCUGGAGGAGGUGCAGCGCGCGUGCGCAGACCCCAGCUCCCUCACUUUGGAUGAUAUGAGACGCCUCAUAGACCUCGGGGUGGGGCUGGCCCCAUACUCAGCAGUGGAGAAAGCCAUGGCCAGGCUCCAGGAGCUGCUCACAGUGUCCGAGCACUGGGACGACAAGGCCAAGAGUCUCCUGAGAGCCAGACCUCGGCACUCGCUGAACAGCCUUGCCACGGCCGCUAAGGAGAUUGAGGAGAUCCCCGCGUACCUGCCCAGUGGUGCGGCUCUGAGAGACUCGGUGCAGAGAGCCAGGGACUGGCUUCAGGAGGUGGAGGCCCUGCAGGUUGGAGGACGUGUGCCCGUGUUAGACACACUGGUGGAACUUGUCACUCGAGGCCGCUGCAUCCCAGUGCAUCUGAGUUCUCUGCCGAGACUGGAGUCACUGGUGGUUGAGGUCCAGGCUUGGAAAGAAUGUGCCGCUAACACAUUCUUGAUGGAGAAUUCCCCGUACUCGCUCUUAGAGGUCCUGUGUCCUCGCUGUGAUGUUGGCCUUUUGGGAUCGAAGAGGAAGCCGAGAAAGUUAAAGGAGCCCCUGCCCAGCGGAAAGAAGAGAAGCAGCAGGCUGGAGAGUUUGAGCGACCUGGAGAGGGUCUUAGCCGAGAGCAAGGAGACAGCUGCAGCUAUGGCAGCGCUAGGGGAAGCUCGUCUGCGGGAGAUGGAGGCCUUGCAGGCUCUGCGGCUUGCCAACGAGGGGAAGCUGCUGUCGCCCAUCCAGGGUGCGGAGACGAAGGUCUGCCUGUGUCAGGAGGCCCCAGCAGCCCCGAUGAUCCAGUGCGAACUCUGCAGGGACGCUUUCCAUACCAGCUGCGUGGUGGUGCCCAGUGUUGCACAAGGCCCCCGGAUCUGGCUCUGCCCCCACUGCCAGAGGUCGGAGAAGCCCCCUUUGGAGAAGAUCCUGCCCCUGCUGGCCUCCCUGCAGCGCAUCCGCGUGCGCCUGCCUGAGGGGGACGCACUGCGCUACAUGAUCGAGAGGACGGUGAGCUGGCAGCACAGGGCCCGGCGCCUGCUGUCGUCUGGCAGCCUCACGCCUGCGCGUGGCCGCGUGGGCUCAGGACUGCCAUGCAGCCGGGGGCAGGCCUCAGCAGGACAGGCGUCAGAGACCAGCAAGGUAGCUCAGCCCCCCGGCACAGCGUCUGUUUCCUUGCCUGGUGACCGGGACAACAGAACCUCGUCUUUGCACUCUCCCUUCGCGGCGGGACGGAGUUGCAUUCCCCUCCAUGGUGUGAGUCCAGAAGUCAGUGAGCUGCUGAUGGAAGCGCAGCUGCUCCAGGUAACCCUUCCUGAAAUUCAGGAACUGUACCGGACUUUACUUGCAAAGCCAAGCCCUGCUCAGCCAGCUGAUCGACGCUCACCAGUCAGACCCAGCAGUGAGAAGAAUGACUGCUGUCGUGAGAAACGAGAUGGAAUCAGCAGCCUGGAGAGGAAACUGAAGCGACGCCUGGACAGAGAAGGCCUUGCCAGGUGGGACCCAGUGAGGAAAGUGCGGACCCCCAGGAAGAAGAAAACCAAACUGAGCCACCCCAAGGACAUGGACACUUUCCAGUUGGAGAGAGAGCGUAGCUGUGGAUUAGUCCGCUCUGCAGAAACACAUUCCCUGCCCUCAGACACAUCCUACUCUGAACUGGAAGACUCUGAGGAUGAAGAUGCCAUCUGCCCGGCUGGGAGCUGCCUGCAGCCAGAAGGAGAUGAGGUGGACUGGGUCCAGUGUGAUGGCAGCUGCAACCAGUGGUUCCAUCAGGUCUGUGUUGGUGUCUCUCCAGAGAUGGCAGAGAAAGAAGACUACGUCUGUGUGCGCUGCACUGGGAAGGACGCACCAAGCCGAAAAUAAGCCCAAACACACCCCAGUUACUGUCAUUCAGGACUCAACCAGGAUUGAUUCCGUUUCUCAGCAAAGCUGCAGGACUGGAGUCCAGACCAGCCUGUGAACGGUGCUAUUUCUAUUCCUUAUGGAUCAUUUUUCCAGAACUCUUUGAAAAAAAGGAAAGAAAAAAAAAAAACAACUAAAAAAUUUUUUGACACCUUUUGUAUUUUUUUCCUUAAGAGCUAUUUGUGGUUGUGGAGGUUUGAAAUGCUGACUGUUUUUGCAGGUUUCCCACCCAUUUGGAGGCAUUGGAGCUCAUACCUUUUCAUGCACAGCAUCAAAUCUGGCCUGCCUGGGCCUCAGCGGCCACAAGUCCAACUCAGUGUCAGUGCCCAGAGGGCACCAGAAAUUCCAGUUAAUCCUCCUUGGAGGAAUUUCUCUCUUGUUUACUGUUACCAUAUUGGGGAACUUAAGUUUUUCACUAUUGGGGUUUUGUUUGUUUCUUUCUUUAUCCACUUUUCUUUUUCCUCAUAGACUAGGUUUAUUUAUCUGAGCAAUAACUUCUAUGUUGUUUCAGUGGCUGGAAUUAAAACUAAACAAACUUCCAAACAGCGUGUUGGUGCUUCAGCCUGUGGCUGGCGUGCAGAAGGCAGGUGUCUGGCUCCCCGUGCUGCCGCCGAGCUGGUGACGCAGAAGGAGCUCUGAGCUGGCCGCUGCCGUGGUGGCUCGGCUUUCUCCCGCCCUCCUUCCUCUCCUGCU